UCGACCAUCGCGGUGCCGGCGAGCGCGGCGCUGUCGUCGCAGCUCCAGAAGAGGCGGCGGGCGCUGCGGGAGGAGCCGCACAGGAUUACUUACCCAGGCUCGCGGCUGCUUCUUGUGGAAGUGCUGGUGGCGCGGGAGGGGGGAAAAUAAAACCGGAAUAGAGCGCGCCGAGGACGACGACGGCAGAUUAAAGGUUCUGUGUGGAAGACUUAAGUGUACUGUUCAUUUGAGGCUGGACAAGAACUUCCAACUUUUGGCAGCUGAAGAUGUUGUUACUAUGGAAACAGAUGUUCCUGCUUUUCUUUGUUGGCUGCCUUGGAGAACAUUCUUAUGCUUGGAUCUUCAAUGAAUAUCCAUCAUUUGUGCAAGAAGACAGUCGUCGAUUUGUUUCUCAGGAAACUGGGCAUCUCUACAUAGCCAAAGUUGAGCCAUCAGAUGUAGGAAAUUAUACAUGUGUUGUGACAAGUACCGUAACAAAUGCCAAAGUUCUUGGCUCGCCAACACCUUUAGUGCUGCGUACUGAUGGAGUAAUGGGGGAAUACGAACCCAAAAUAGAAGUUCAGUUUCCUGAAUCACUUCCAGCUGCUAAAGGUUCGAUAGUAAAACUGGAAUGCUUUGCCCUUGGAAACCCAGUACCUCGGAUUAACUGGAGAAGAGCUGAUGGGAUGCCUUUUCCAAGCAAAGUAAUGUUGAGGAAAUCCAAUGGCAUGAUUGAAAUUCCAAACUUCCAACAAGAAGAUGCUGGUCUCUAUGAGUGCAUUACUGAGAACUCUAGAGGGAAAAAUGUUGCCAGGGGGCGCUUGACAUAUUACGCAAAGCCUCACUGGGUUCAACUCAUAAAAGAUUUUGAAGCUGCGGUGGAGGACAACUUAUACUGGGAAUGCAGAGCAAGUGGCAAACCCAAGCCGUCCUACAGGUGGCUGAGAAAUGGAGAGCCUCUGCCAUUGGAGGGAAGAAUACAAAUCGAAAAUGGGGCUUUGAUCAUAACAAACCUCAACUUGACAGAUUCUGGCAUCUACCAGUGUAUUGCAGAAAAUAAACACGGGACAAUAUAUUCCAGCGCUGAUCUCAGAGUUAUAGCCUCUGCUCCUGACUUCUCUAAAAGCCCGAUGAAGAAGCUGAUUCAGCUUUUAAUUGGCAGCACAGCUCAUUUUGACUGCAAGCCGAAAUCUUCCCCUAAAGCGACGACUACUUGGAAAAAGGGAGGUGAGCUGCUCCAAGAAAAUGAAAGACUAUCGCUAUUAAAAGAUGGAGGCCUCCGAAUAGCUAAUGUGAGUAAAUCAGAUGCUGGAAGUUAUACUUGCCUGGCAGAGAACCAGUUUGGAAAAGCUAGUAGUUCAACUAGCUUAUUAGUUACAGAACCAACUCGGAUAACUCUGGCACCUUCAAACAUGGAUGUUUCAGUAGGGGAAAGUGUUAUCUUGCCCUGUCAAGUUCAGCAUGAUCCACUGCUGGACAUUAGUUUUACCUGGUAUUUUAACAGCGCAUUGACUGACUUCAGAAAAGACGCAUCUCAUUUUGAGAGAGUAGGUGGGAGUGCAUCAGGAGACUUAAUGAUUAGGAAUAUCCAACUGAAACACAGUGGAAAAUACGUGUGCAUGGUGAAGACGGAAGUGGAUAGUGUGUCAUCUGCAGCAGAUCUCAUAGUUCGAGGCUCACCUGGACCACCGGAACGUGUAAAAGUGGAUGAAAUAACAGCUACCACAGCCCGGCUUACCUGGCAUGAGGGCUUAGAUAAUCACAGCCCAAUUGCUAGUUAUACAAUACAGGCCAGGACACCCUUUUCAGUGGGAUGGCAAAGAGUCACAACAGUUCCUGAUGUCAUUGAUGGGAAGACGUUCACAGCCACUGCAGUAGACUUAAACCCUUGGGUUGAAUAUGAAUUUCGUAUAGUUGCCAGUAACAAAAUUGGAGGUGGAGAACCUAGUUUACCCUCAGAAAAAGUAAGAACUAAAGAGGCAGUUCCCGAGGUACCACCAUCUGAAGUGAGCGGAGGAGGUGGCAGCCGGUCUGAACUGGUCAUCACAUGGGAUCCCGUUCCUGAAGAAUUACAAAAUGGUGAAGGAUUUGGCUAUGUCGUAGCUUUCCGACCUCUUGGCGUUACAACCUGGAUACAGACAGUUGUCACAUCACCUGACACACCCAGAUACGUCUUCAGAAAUGAAAGCAUCUUGCCCUUUUCACCAUAUGAAGUCAAGGUUGGUGUGUAUAAUAAUAAAGGAGAAGGACCAUUUAGCCCCGUGACCACAGUGUAUUCUGCUGAAGAAGAACCCACCAUAGCACCUUCUGGUGUAUCUGCAAACAGCCUCUCAUCUUCUGUAAUUGAAGUCUCCUGGGUUUCCAUUCCUUGGAAAAUGAGUAGUGGAAGAUUGCUGGGCUAUGAGGUGAGGUACUGGAAUAAUGGUGGAAAAGAACAGUCUUCCAACAGAAUAAAAGCCAUUGGAAAUGAGACAUCAGUAAGAAUAACAGGCUUGAUGAGCAACCUUGUGUACUAUACAGCUGUUCGAGCAUACAACAGUGCGGGAGCAGGUCCUUUCAGUGCCACUGUCAAUGCUACCACAAAAAAAACACCACCCAGCCAGCCUCCAGGAAAUGUUGUGUGGAACGUUACUGAUUCCAGGGUCAUGCUGAAUUGGGAUCAGGUGCAUGCAAUGGAAAACGAGUCAGAAGUCAUUGGUUAUAAGAUUUUGUAUCGGACUAGCAGUCAAAACGAGCUCAGCGUCCUUAUGACAAACAGAACAUCUGCAGAACUUCUGCUCCCUUUAAAUGAUGACUACAUUAUAGAAGUGAAAGCAGUGACUGAUGGUGGAGACGGCAUUAGCAGCGAACAGAUUAAAAUUCCUAAACUAGCAAGUAUGGAUGCAAGAGGUUCUGGCGCAGCAGUCUUAAAUGGUCUACCCAGCUGUAUGUCAAUAACACUAUACUUUAUCUUUAAAGUGGUAUUGUGUUGAUGCAUUUUCACAGAUAGGUGAAGGCCAGGUGAAUAAUUUACUUUUAAAGUGCUUUUUAAAACAACAAUAGCAACAACUACAAAUGGUGGUUAUGCAUGGAUCUGCUACCAUUGAUUUUAAACACUUUCUAUGAAUUUCAUUCAAAAAAUAAAAUAAAGAGCAAACCAUAUACAUAUUAAACAGUUCCUUCUAAAGGAAUAUAAAAUGCCUUAAAAUGUAAUGAACCAAAGGACUUUACACAUUACAUGCUUCAGAAAUGACAAAAAUAAGAGGAUGCACAUUGCAAAA